ACGUGAGGAUUGACACGGGACCAGGUGGUCGAGCGCGGUUGUCAACAGAAGAUUCAGGGACCGUUGCGUGAGAAGAAGCUGCUGCGGCUAUAAGAAGCAAGAGAGCUGGAGCUCUAGGUAUCUUUUGACGUGCCGGGAUUUAGGCAAAAAGGGAGGUUUUUCUUCUUCGUUUUUAGGGAGAGUGCAGAGGGAUAUUGGGGAAACAGAGGAGGCAAGGGAAUUUGUAAAAGGACUCUUGAGGGUGAAAAGCGGAGGACAAACCCAAGAGCGAGAUGGGAUGGCAGCGAGCGAAGUGAAAAGGAGAAAGUGAUUGAGGGAAAGGAGGGAGAUUGGGUAGCAUCCGGAAUCUUCAGUUCUGCUGAUUUGCGAUAAGGGGCUAGGGCAGCUGCAUUUUUUUCCAGUUGGACCGACUGGUUGAUCUGCCAUGUUAUUCGAGGAAAUGCAUUUACAAAGUCAUGUUGCGAGGAUGUGGCAACGUCUUCUGUGUUCCCUUUUUAAGAGAAAGUUGUCUAUGUUGAGCCAUUGUUUUGGUACUCCUGCUACUUUAGAAGUGGUGGUUUCAGCAGAAAAAAGUCUGAGGGAGCCUGUGGAAGGAAACUCUGGCCAACUGAAGCAUUGUCACAUAAGGGAGUGCUCAGUCAAUUCGGAGACCAUGGAGCAUAAUGCUGGAAUUUCUCGUUCCAAUGUGAAGCAAUCUUUGCAGUCCUCAAUGCCUACCAAGGAAGGAAAAAGACCUAAAGAAAAUAAUCCAAACACCUCUACAUUUAUAAAUCAUGCUGCAAUUGCAUGGCAGGAGAGUAGAAAAAAGUGGGUAGGGGAACAACCACAACAACAUAGAAUGGCAAAGGAUCCAAUUAUAAGCUGGUCAACGACAUAUGAAGAGCUCCUUUCGUCGAAUGAGCCUUUCUCCAAGCCAAUCCCCUUACCAGAGAUGGUAGACUUUUUAGUUGAUAUUUGGCAAGACGAAGGCCUCUAUGAUUAGAUCACUGGCCGAAACAUUCGAAUUACAGAAUUACAAUGAUGAUUUGUCGAUGUUACUGUAUUCUAGCCAAAAUAUUGUCCGGUUUAUAUUAGCUGAUUCUGUCAUCCAGUAGGAAAGAGAGGCCUUCAUUUGUCUUCAAGCUGGUUAAGUGGCGAUAUCUGUUUUUAGAAUUAUGAUAUCGCAUUUUGAGGAGCUUGAUAAUUGGUUCUAGUGAAUAUUCACUGUAUCCAGAUUGAACUGACGCUUGAAUGAGGUUAAUAAGAAAGAUGAUAUACAGUUUUCUAAACA